AUGACAUUGAAACAUUCUGAUACCGCAUUGACCAUUGGCGGAUCUCGUGACAUUACACUUUCCGUGUGGUCGGCGGCACCAAGAGACAAGAAACGAAUGGUCCACGACUUGAAAACACUAAAUCGUAAAACUUUUUUAGGUGCCACACUUCGUGUCUUCUUCCAAAGACCUGAUGACUCCAAAAAUCGGUCUUUGAUUCAAAGUCUCCCCUCAAAUCCCUUCCAAGGUUUGCUAUCAAAGUCCAACAGGUCGCUUCUUUUAAACACAUCCUACAUUAUUCUAAUAACCACUGCGUUUUCUGGUGCUGCUAGUACAGGCUCAUCGUCGUCAGAGAAGUCAAAGGAUAAAUCGCAAAACCAGGUGGAUGAACAGUCACCACUGAGCAAAAAAUCGUCACAUCCAAAACUAUCACGUCAAGCUUUUGAUCGUUUGUUUCAUGCUAUAGUGCCAUCCUUCCAUGACAAAACUGUGCUUUACCUUCUUGUGCAUUUGGUGUUGUUAGUGACACGUGCCUUUUUGACAAUCAAAGUGGCAACCUUGGAUGGUCAAUUGGUGGGUGCAUUGGUUUCCAAAAGGUUAAGGGUAUUUAGUAAGUACCUUUUGGCGUGGAUGUUGAUUGGGAUCCCAGCGUCGUUGAAUAAUGCCUUGUUAUCCUGGACAAGACUGAAUAUGCGAAAAGCCAUUAGAGAAAACUUGAACAGUUCCAUCUUGAAAGAUUACUUGCCGGACAACUUAGACACGAACUACUACUCAUUGAUCCACUUGAGUGGAAAUAAGAUAACUGAUCCAAAUCAAAGAAUUACAACUGAUGUAUCGAGGUUGGCUUCGGCUUUGAGUAGUUUACCUGGACAACUAUUGAAGCCAACUUUGGACUUGGUUUUGUGUGCUCGUCAAUUGAGUAAAAGCGGUGUUGGUAAUGGUGAAGGUACCCUUGCUUUGGGAAUAUUGGCACAUUUCUCAACCAUGAUUAUUCGAUUCUUUUCACCACCUUUUGCCAAGUUGGCCAGUGAGCGGGCAAAUUUAGAAGGAAAAUUGAGAUCGGCCCAUUCAAAGAUUGUUUCCAACAAUGAGGAAAUUGCGUUUUUACGUGGUCAUUACCGUGAGUUGGACUAUAUUGAUUACUGUUACUACACAUUGGAAAGGUUUUCCAAACAAGAAUAUUGGAAGAAAGGUAUACAUGAAAUUGCUCAAACAUUCAUUGUCAAAUAUUUCUGGGGAGCUGCGGGGUUGGUGUUGUGUUCAGCACCAAUUUUCAUUGCCAAGUACCUUGGCGAACCAGAUGAUGACAAUGCAGCUGGCAAAUUUAUCACCAAUAGGAGAUUAUUGCUCAGUGCUUCUGACUCGUUGGAUAGAUUGAUCUAUGCAAGAAGGUAUCUACUUCAGAUUGUGGGUCACGCAACAAGGGUGUCUGAUUUUCAAGACACCUUGGCUGAAGUGGCACUGAGAAGAAAAGAUAUCACGUCAAAUGUCAAAUUCAAUAAUGAUGAGAUUGUAUUUGAUAAAGUUCGGCUAUUGACCCCAGCUGAUGUGACACUCAUUGAAAGUUUAAGCUUUUCCAUCAAAUCGGGGGACCAUUUGUUGAUUGCAGGACCCAAUGGAUCAGGCAAGUCAUCCUUGUUUAGAAUGCUCGGAGGGUUGUGGCCUGUUAAAGAAGGUACCAUCACUAUCCCUACUGCUGAAAAUAUGUUUUACAUACCCCAAAGAGCAUACUUACUUCAAGGUUCAUUGAAAGAGCAAAUAAUUUACCCACAUUCGCUCAAUCAACAAAAGAAGUCGGAUGAGGAGUUGCAAUCGAUACUACGGGUUUUGAAACUCGAUGACUUUGUUGACCAAUUGAACCAAGUGAAAAACUGGGAGGAAGAAUUGUCUACCGGUGCCCAACAGCGUUUGGCGAUGGCAAGGUUGUAUUACCACGAACCUAAAUUCGCCGUUUUGGAUGAAUGUACAUCGGCUGUGAGCCCCGAUAUGGAGCAAUUCAUGUAUGAGCAUGCACAAAGCUUGGGAAUCACAUUGUUGUCAGUUGCUCAUCGACCAGCAUUGUGGCAUUUCCACAAGUACUUGUUGAAAUUUGAUGGGAAAGGUGGCUACUUUUUCGGCAAAUUGGAUGCUGAAAAGAGGUUGAAGUUGGAGAAGGAAAGAGUUGCUUUGGAGAAGGUGUUGCGUGAUAUACCCGCGUUGAAGGAAAGAUUGGCUGAGUUGAAGAAUGUUUCGAAAUUGCAGCAUCAAAGAUACGAAAGGAAAGGGGGUAGUACGUGA